CGCUUGAUGCUGCAGUCACAUUUCAGUUUGAGUCGCUGUUUUUGCCUUCAUUUCGUUGGGCAAUAUUGACAUUUCUGGUUUGAUGGACGCGUUUCCGGCCCAGCAUACUUCGUACCAGCGACGUGUGAAUAGGGGUGGUCAUGAACUGAUAAGAGGGGAAGGCCUAACUCAGCGUCUUUAUUUCUUCUUUUCUCCUACCCUCCCACGUAUUUAAUGUCGCCAUAACUGCAUUUAAUCUAUACCGGUGGACAGCUGGUGAUUUUUCUCAGCUUACUGGUGUCGACUAAAGCACCGGGGCGCCCCCCUCUUUUUGUUUGUCGGUCGUAACGUCCCAACGUCCAGCUGAUUGCUUUGAGUGCCGUUCAAUUAUUCCAGCUCAAACUGAGCCGUUUUCUUUGACUCAACGGAAGGCUUCGUGGCCGAAACGGGCCAACUUCGCCACCUUUUUUUCACCGACUUGUGGACUUAAAAUACAGAGGACAGUUAUCUUUUUGUCUAACUUCAGUGUUGGAUCGUUUUUCUCACUGGACGACCAGGCCCCGGACUCAUCCCCAGCCUCGCGUUUCCAUAUCGGUUUUUGUUGGAAGUCAUGGGAGACACAAGUGAACGAAGCAAACCUCCGAGUCUUCCUCCCCGGUGUCCCUGUGGAUUUUGGGGGUCCAGUAAAACCAUGAACCUCUGCUCCAAAUGUUUUGCUGUGACUCCUCCAGUCUGGUUCAGGAGGAUGGGUUGAGGGUGCACUGCAGCCCUGUCGGUGGCCAUGGCAACCAACAUCCAGAAGAAGCAGCCAGGAGAGGACUGCACCUCCAAGCCUAUCCAAAGCACUGGGAGUAGCCAAUCACCAGUUUUCAGUAGCGAGACGAGCAGUAGCAGUAGCCAAUCCCUAUUGUCAUCACCGCCCUCCAGCUCCGAGCAGCCGUCGGCCGAAGAGCCCUCGCCCACGUUUCCCAGCACGAGGGAAGGCGUGUCGUCCACGGAAACAGCCCAAGGCACACUCUGCACACCCACAAAACGUCCACGGGAAUCGGCGUCGGGCUCGGAGAGCGAGGCCACGCCAGAGAAACGGCCACGGACAGACGGAAAAGAAGGCGGCAGCGAGGAGGCCCGCGGGACGCCCAAGCAGAAGAAUCGCCGGCGCUGCUAUCGCUGCCAAACCAAACUAGAGCUGGUGCAGCAGGAACUGGGCUCCUGCCGCUGUGGCUAUGUAUUCUGCAUGCUCCACCGUCUACCCGAGCAACACGACUGUCUGUUCGACCAUCUGGGCCGCGGGCGUGAGGAGGCCGUCCUCAAGAUGGUGAAGCUGGACCGCAAGGUGGGCCGCUCGUGCCAACGCAUCGGGGAGGAGUGUUCCUGAUUGGCUGGCCCUCCAGUUAGAGAUGAGGCGCUUACAAAGAGGAGGAGGAGGUGGUGGAAGGAGAGCUAGGAGGAAUGACAAAUGGGGUGAUGGGUGGGUGGGGGAGGGAGGGAGGGUGGUAGGGAGGCAAGAACAGGAGGAGGAGGAGGACAAGGAUGGGAGGUAGUGCAGUCGCAACAUCCUGCAUCUGACCUGACAAUUCUGGAUCUGAGCUCGACGCUGCCUUGUAGAUGUCCUGAUUUCCUGUGUGGAGCGUCUGUUUGGACUUGGCUCUGGAUGGGGCCGCUUGGGGGGCCAACAGGGGGCCUGGUGGUUGUUCUGUGGAGCCACGUUCAGUAUCGCAUGUUCACACACACAGCCUUAACCCGACCCCCCCAGUCUUCAGAGGAAGGACAAAUCCAGUCAGUCGUGCAUCAUGCACAGCUCCGCUGUUUCUCAUCACGGUUUCCUCCUCUUUACUCGUGCUUUUUUUUUUCCAAAACAGGAAGUUUUGAAAGGCGAACUGUUGUAGCGCUCAGCUGAACUGAUCCGUGUGGAUUGUCAUUCAACAAGGUUGUUUUUUGUUUUAUUUUCCAUUUCUUGGUCGUGGGUGAGGAGUGUAGCUCUAUCCCAUGACUGCUCCUCAGGUCGUCAUCAAGGGGUUGGAGUAUCAAACCUGUAACCCCACCUUCCUCUUCUCCUUCUCCUUCUCCUUCUUUUCUUCCACCAACAUUAAGGUCCAUGUGCAGCAUCACUCACUGUGUUUUGCUCAUGCAUGGUACCUGCAACAGUGUGUUUGUGCAGGUUUGAGUGUGGUAAUAUGAGGCAGUCCAAGGAUGCUGUCAUGUAUUUUUUUUUCUCUCUCUCGUGUGGCCGUCAUGGUGAUUAGCUCUGUUUUUACUGCUUAACCACGGUGUCGUGGUGGACAAUACAGCCAAUCCCUGCCUCUGCUCACAUGGACUGUUGACAAAAAGAAAAACACUUAAAAAAACAAAACAAAAAAAAACCAAUGGACAAAAGUCACUUGGAUGAAUCCUCUGUGUAGCAGAUCCUCUUCUCUCUCUUUCCCUCCCCUUUUUCAAUAUACUGAGUAGUACUGUUGUUUUAUGUUAAGGGGAAUACGACUGAAUAUUUGUAUUCAAAUGAAGAGUUCUUCACCAAAACGCCAUGUGUUCAUUGAUUAAAAACAAUUACUCGAAGUUCAUCACUGAGUGUCUCUAUAGUUGUAGACGAUCAGUCGAGAGUGCUAAACUGAAUACAUAAAUUACUUACUACCCUUUAAAAUUGUUCUAUAAUUUAUUUCUUAUUUUGUGUUUUGUGGGUAGGAUUAGCUGUCAUUUAAUCUUCAGAUUGGGGGGUGUCUGUUUGCGACAUAAUUCUUGCAAUGUUACAGUUUCUUUCUUUUUUUUUCCCCACAUUAGUUGUCACCCUGGGCUUCAUUUCUGCUGGAGAUCCUUCCCUAAUUUGAUGAGAGAUGGCUUUGUGCCACAGUUUCAAUCAGUGAUGUCAGUGGAAAUUAGUUUUGAGUUUGAGAAAUUAACCAGAAAGCUGGUUACCUUGGAGAUGUUAAAGCAAAAAAUCCCACCCGGGUUGGUGAAGUAACGGCAGCCAGACGUGAAGUUCUGAAUGUGGCCUAACUCUUCAAGUCGCCACUUCAGCAAAGUAAUCAUGAUUGGUUCUCUUCAGUUUUGCUGUUAAUUAACCUCAGAUGACUGUAGGUGUAGGACUCAUUAAUGUGACCUCAAGACUCCCAUCUUGUCGAGGUUAUGCAUCUCUUGGCAUCACAGGUUCAAACUGUCUGCGGUGUUUGAUGCAUCAGCUGGUUUUGGCUCCAGAAGUAACGUGAAUUCUUAAAUUGAGUGGUUUUCCCUGUCCUCAUAUGUUUUUGUCUUUGUUCGUCACUGUUUCUGACCCUGCUCUUAAUCAGCCUACACAGCCUGACUGCUUGGACUUUGUGCUGUGCAUAUCGUUCAGUUGCACACCUCUUUCUUCCCCUCUUCUCCUGAGAGGUGCUCGACCCAAAAUCAACUUUUUUUGAAUGUGAUGAUGCAGAAGCUAACUUUUUUUUUUUUUUUUUUUAAAUUUUAAUUUUUGUCAUUUUGUUUUGCAUUUGGCACAUAUUGUAGGUGCAUUGAAAUUUGUGAUUUGUUUAUUACAGGUACGGGAUUAUCAUAAAAUGUACUCUGCAGCAUUACAGGAAGUGCAGUCAGAUGAUGAUGGUGUUGAAUUGUAUAUUACUGUUUUUCUAUUUCGAGAACCAAGAAAUAUGAAGUAGGUUCCCCUGAAUGGCAGGGAAAUCAGAAAAGUUUUUUCUUUUUCUUUUGGUUUUUUUUUGCAAAUGGACUUCAUCAAAGUUGAUUCAGGUGGAGAGCCCUUACAACCAGACACCACUUAACUAUGCUAACCCUCAUACACAAGUUAUUGUUUCUUCUGUCCAUCACCUUGUCCCACGCCGCUCGUCUUUUCCAAUGAGAACACAGCGAAGGACAAAGGGAGCUUGGCUGGUUCUUAUUUUGAUAUUUUGAAAACCUUGUUCCUUUUUUGAGUGCUAAUGAGAAAUGGAAGAAAUGGAUUAUCUUUCUGUACCUUUUAGAGAAAAAAAUUAUUUAACCUUAUAUCAGUUUGAGUUACUUACACCCUAGCAUAGAGUGGCAUAUUUAGUUAAAUGUAUAAAAAAAACAAGAACAUAAUUCUGUCCUAUUUUCUCAUUUAAUUUUAUGGUGUUCCAUUUUCUGCUGAGGAAAAUAAACUGGAUUAGAGGA